GUUACAUUUACAUCUACAGUUACAUAAACACGAGUGUUGCGGCGAACAGGACAUUCUCUUCUUCGUGUCCUGCUUCGUUUCGCUUCGUUAAAUUCGCCGAACUUCGCCGCUAAAUUCGCAUCUCACUCAGGCGUCUUUGACAUUUGGUGUCGUGCUUUUGCGGCGUAUACAACGCUGAGAGCGUAAUAGAAUAAAUAAUAAAAAAGAAAUCAAAACGACAAACAAAAGCAUAAGACAGAUCUCAGGCCAGAAAUUGAAUUUUAUUUUAAUUGAACAUUUCGGAGGUGUACUCGCCAACAGCCGAAAUUGGAGUUUGUAUUAAUAUCCUUUUCAAAACGCGGAGAGCAGAUAACCCAAAUAAACCGAAGAAUUCCUUGUAAUGGCUCUACUCCGUUCGCUGAGCGCCCAACGAACAGCCAUCAGUUUGGUCUACGGCCGUAAUAGCAGCAAGUCGAGCAGUUCCGUGGCCGUCGCCGCCUGUCGGAGCUUCCAUCAGCGUGACAGGAGGAGGAGCACCGUCAUCACCACCGGAGAAGGAUCAGCAUCGGAGUUCGCAAACGGUGUCAAUGGGGUCCGCUAUCUGCACUCCGGCGAGCGGCCGAUGCAGGCCUCCACAUUGGUUCAACCGGAUCUGGUUGCCGGCGAGACUGUGAAGCGAUCGGUGAAGCAGCAGUCGUCCCAGGAGAAAAGCCCCUCGCCCGCUGGCUCGCCGCAGAGGGAUCCUUUGGACGUGACCUUCAAUGAUCCGAUUGCCGCCUUCAAGAGCAAGACCACCGGCGAGCUGAUGCGCGCCUAUCUGGUCUAUAUGAUCUGUUCCAGCGAGAAGCUGGUCGAGCAUAACAUGACGCUUAUGAAAUGGUCAAAGAACAUAUUGGGUCAAAGGUUAUUUACAGCAUUGAUGAAGGCGACCUUCUAUGGCCAUUUUGUCGCCGGCGAGGAUCAGAUCAAGAUCAUACCCACAUUGGAAAGACUAAGAUCGUUUGGCGUCAAACCGAUUCUUGACUAUUCCGUUGAGGAGGAUAUCACCCAGGAGGAGGCCGAGAAACGUGAAGUUGAAUCAUCCGUUUCCAGUGCGGGCGACAGAAAGGAGGAGGGCAGCAUGCCUCAGUAUCAUGUGGACAAGUCCUUCGCCGAUCGGCGGUACAAGGUGAGCAGUGCUCGCACCUACUUCUACCUGAACGAGGCCACCUGCGAGCGCAACAUGGAGAUAUUCAUCAAGUGUCUGGAGGCCGUUUCGGAUGACGAUCACAAGGCGCCCCGGGCAGUGGCCACGGGGGCUACUUUCGGAACGGGCAUCACCGCCAUUAAACUCACCGCCUUGGGCCGUCCACAAUUGCUGCUGCAACUGUCCGAGGUGAUCAUGCGCACACGCAAGUACAUGGAAGACAUGGUGGGCGGUCAGGGCAAUGUGCUCACUCACCACAAGACCAUCAAGGAUCUCGAGAAGUAUUAUGCCUCGCUGGGCGACAAUAAGGAUGUGAAGGAAUUUUUAAACAAUGUGACGUCCGACAAGGAGGGAAUCUUGCAUCUGUUCCCCUGGUCGGGCAUCGUAGACGAGGACUCGCAGCUGAGCGAUACGUUCCGUGUGCCAGAUUCCCAAACCGGCCAGAUGCGUCGACUGAUCUCACAAAUACCGCCCAAGGAGGAGGAGAUGUUCAGGAACAUGAUCCGUCGUCUCAACACGAUUGUAAAGGCUGCUGCCGAUCUGGAUGUGCGCAUCAUGGUGGACGCAGAGCAGACAUACUUUCAGCCGGCUAUUUCGCGCAUCACCCUGGAGAUGAUGCGAAAGUACAACAAAGAGAAGGCCAUUGUCUUCAAUACGUACCAGUGCUACCUGCGCGAAACCUUUCGCGAGGUGAACACCGAUCUGGAGCAGGCUAAGCGACAGAACUUCUAUUUCGGCGCCAAGCUGGUACGCGGUGCCUAUAUGGACCAGGAGCGGGACCGUGCCAAGUCGCUGGGCUAUCCGGAUCCGGUCAAUCCCACGUUCGAGGCCACCACGGACAUGUAUCACAAGACGCUGGCCGAGUGCUUGCGACGCAUUAAGCUGAUGAAGGACUGUGAUGACGAUGCCAGGAAGAUUGGAAUUAUGGUGGCCUCGCACAACGAAGACACCGUACGCUUUGCCAUCCAGCAGAUGAAGGAGAUUGGCAUUUCGCCGGAGGACAAGGUGAUCUGCUUUGGCCAACUGCUGGGCAUGUGCGACUACAUCACCUUCCCACUGGGUCAGGCGGGCUACUCGGCCUACAAGUACAUCCCGUAUGGCCCCGUCGAGGAGGUGCUGCCCUACUUGUCGCGCCGUGCCCAGGAGAACAAGGGCGUGCUGAAGAAGAUCAAGAAGGAGAAACGCCUGCUGCUCUCCGAGAUCCGACGCCGUCUGCUGCGCGGCCAGUGGUUCUACAAGCCCAAGGGCAACUAUGUGCCCAUCUAAGCUGGCCUGGAUGGAUGGAAUCACUCACACGAACCCGAACCGGUAGAUGGGUUGCCAAAUGUAUCCAACUGAGGAUAUCGCCGGGCAGUCGAUCGCUUCGGGUAUAUUUUAAUGUAUUUUUUUUUUUGUCGUUCUUACUACUCUUUUGAAAUUUGCGUAUAUCUAAAGUAUAUAUAUGAAGACUUGUGUAUAUACCAAGGUCCUGCAAAAGAGUGAGGAUGUUCUUACUCACUGUGUGUACCCUCAUUCAGAUCCGCUGGAUCUUUUUCACCCACAAACAACUUCAGUUAGAGACGGUAGCACUGAGCGAUGGUCAUUUUUUUUAUGAAAUAUGUAUAUUUUUACGUCUUGUUGCAACAAUAAUCUAAACGAGUUCUGUAUGUGUGUUACAAAGAAAACAAAAUAAUGAAAAAAAAAAAAAAAAACAAAACUAAAAAACGUAAAAAACAUGAAGGAAGGAAACGAAUGUGGGAAUCCACAUCGAGGAUAUUGAAAAAGGGGAUUGAAUUGAAAAGAACAUUUUUUAGCAUCGUAACAAAUAAAGCAUAAAUCAAUAUAGUAUAUACAUAUUAUAUACAAUAUAAUGAGAGAAAAACGUUUAUAGAUAUAUGUACCGAUCUAUAUCUACAUUGAUACAUGUAUGUGUAUGGCUGCAUUUUAGUCUAGAUUCAUUAAUUUCGUGUUUGUGCCUCUUUCUCAGUAUCAGAAUAUCAGUUAUUAUUUAUCCAUUCUUCAUUUGCGAUGUGAUUUCAUGUUGGUUUUUCCCUAAGUUACUACUACUAUAUAUAGCGUGAGAAAGAGAGAGCAAGAGAGAGAGAGAGAGAGAGAGAGUCCAGGGCAUUUGUUCCUCCAGCUCGUGGCCAUCCCAUCCGAAAUAGUCAAAUACUACUGUCCAUAGGAACCAGGGAUAACCGCGUAUAUCUAUACCUACACCUAGCAAGUUUUAUUACGAUUAUGCUAAAUUAACUUAAAUGUAUAUGUUAAAUUUAGCGAUUAACAAAGCGAUAUUAUAAAAGUCAUUACUACGAUAGUCGAUGGAUGAGAAAGCCCAACCGAAACCGCCUUCUGUUUCCCUAUUUUGUUCGUUUCCGUUUCCGUUUCCAUUUCCAUUUCCGUUUACACGUUUCGAUUGCUCAGACAACUAUAUAGACAGAAAGACUUGGCCAUUCUUAUAGUUUUUUAUUAUUAUCCUCAUGAUUAUUAUUAUUGUAUUGCAUAAACGCUAUAAAUAAAUGAAUAAAUAAUUGUAUGAAUGUUAACUAUUUCAAUGACAAUAAUAAAAUGUUAAAAACGAA